CCGCGGGUUCGGGGCGCCCCCAGCUCCCGCCGUGAGCGCUUCCCGGUGCUCGCAGCAGGUGCGGGUUGGCGGGAUCGCUGUCAGGAUUAUCUUAAGCUGGAACUGAUCGAGUGUCUUGAAAAUGACUUCAAAGCCUCUGGCUGUGUCCCUGGCACUUGCCACAUUAACUCUUUCAACGACAUUUUCUCUCCAGCCAGAUCAGCAUAAGGUUCUCCUCGUUUCCUUCGAUGGAUUCCGUUGGGAUUACUUAUAUAAAGUUCCAACGCCCCAUUUUCAUUACAUGAUGAAGUCUGGUGUUCACGUGAAGCAAGUCAGUAAUAUUUUUAUUACAAAGACCUACCCCAACCAUUACACAAUGGUCACUGGCCUCUUCGCAGAGAGUCAUGGGAUUGUUGCCAAUGACAUGUUUGACCCUAUUCUGAACAAAUCUUUCUCCUUGGAUCACAUGAAUAUUUAUGAUUCUGAGUUUUGGGAAGAAGCGACACCAAUCUGGAUCACAAAUCAGAGGGCGGGGCAUGCUACUGGUUCAGCCAUGUGGCCUGGGACAGAUGUGAAAAUACACAAGAGCUUUGCCACCCACUACAUGCCUUACAAUGAGUCUGUUUCCUUUGAAGAUAGAGUUGCCAAAAUCAUCGAAUGGUUCACAGCAGAAAAGCCCAUAAACCUGGGGCUUCUCUACUGGGAGGACCCAGAUGACAUGGGCCAUCACUUGGGCCCUGACAGUCCACUCAUGGGACCUGUGAUUGCAGAUAUUGACGACAAGCUAGGGUAUCUCAUCCAGAUGCUGAAAAAGGCAAAGCUGUGGAAUGUCGUGAACCUGAUUAUCACGAGCGAUCACGGAAUGACCCAGUGUUCUGAGGAUCGCGUCAUAGAGCUUGACCAAUACCUGGAUAAAGACCACUAUACGCUGAUUGACCAGUCUCCUGUAGCUGCCAUCUUGCCAAAAGAAGGUAAAUUCGACGAAGUCUAUGAAGCGCUAGCUGAUGCUCAUCCUAACCUUACAGUUUACAAAAAAGAGGAGAUUCCCAAGAGGUGGCACUACACACGCAACGAGCGCAUCCAGCCCAUCAUAGCAGUGGCUGACGAAGGGUGGUAUAUUUUACAGAAUAAGUCAGAUGACUUUCUGUUAGGCAACCAUGGUUACGAUAAUGCAUUAGCAGAAAUGCAUCCAAUAUUUUUAGCCCACGGUCCUGCCUUCAGAAAGAAUUUCACAAAAGAAGCCAUGAACUCCACAGAUCUGUACCCACUGCUGUGCCACCUCCUCAAUAUCACCGCUAUGCCACACAAUGGAUCAUUCAGGAAUGUCCAGGAUCUGCUCAGGUCCGCAGCUCCCAAAGCCAUUCCUUACACACAGACCACCACACUCCUCCUUGGUACUGACAAACCGGGAGCAUAUGAGCAAGAGGAGUCAUACCCUUAUUUCAUAGGGGUCUCUCUUGGCAUCAUGAUAGUGAUUGUGUUUUUUGUGAUUUUCAUUAAACAUUUCAUUCCCAGUCAAGUACCUGCCUUGCAGGAUAGGCAGGCUGAAAUCGCUCAGCCAUUAUUACAAGCUUAAUGCUUCCCCCCCCUUUUUGAAAUGGAAUUGCAUAUUGAUUAUUCAAGUGGAGAUUGCAUAAAGGUGUCGAUGUUUUCAAAUUCCAGGAGAGCAGUUUCAGACAUCGGCUGAGGCCAUCAAGCAGAGAAUCCACACUUAGGCAGUCACACGUACACAGGGAUAGACCAAAACACUCCCACCUGCACGCCCGUACUUUCCCAUUGUUCUCUCUAGCUUAGCCG